AUGUCGAGAAGUGAUAAAGCUAGCGUCUCGGACCAAGCUCAUGAAGACAAUGCCAUUGUAUUCGGUAAAUUAUUUCGCGAAAAGAAAUCGUUUGACGCGCGGUUGAAACGAGUUGAUUAUAAUGUGAAGAAAUUUUGUGAAGAAGAUGAAAUUGACGACGUAGACAUCCAAUCAGAACUGGAAAGUCUACAAAAUAUAUGGAAUGGUUAUCUGAACGUGCAUAAGCGGAUGGUAAAUGUAUGUGCCGAUAGUGAAGUGGAUACGGUUCUUGAUGAAAUGUCCAAUUUCGAAGAAAAAUCGAUCGAGUUAAAAACCACGCUUCUGAAAUUAUUGCGAAGAGUCGAACAAUCCUCGACACCGCAUGGUAGCCACGCUACUGCACAAGUUGGCGCCGACGCCAUUCAACAAUUGGCUGAGCAGCAAGCAGAGUUUCUACGAAUCUUUUCAUCUACAUUCACCAAUCAAUCACUAAACGCUACAAACGCUACUGCCAAUAGUGAUGUUAAAUUACCGCGCGUGAAUAUUCCAAUAUUCAGUAGAAAUUUCCUCGAAUGGCAAUCGUUUAUCGAUUUGUUCGAAAGCUCAGUGGACAAUAAUGCAUCGCUACAAGAUGGCCAAAAACUGUACUUUCUGAAAUCUAACCUAGCUGGUGAGGCAGCUUCGCUAAUAUCGCACCUCCGCAUCGAAGACGCCAACUAUUCUACAGCGUUACAAAAAUUGAAGGAAAGGUACAAUCGCCCGCUAGAGAUUGCCGCACAGCACAUCCGACGCUUUCUGAAGCAACAAACGUUGACAUCAGCUACCGCAACUGGACUAAGGUCAUUGCACGACACUUCUGAUGAAACAAUUCGUGCUCUGAAAGCCAUGCAACGCGAAGACCGUGAUGUUUGGCUAAUGUUCAUCAUCGAGGAAAAAUUAGAUCACGAAACACGGCAGCAGUGGUAUCAAAAAAGAGCAGACAUGGAUAUCAACGAGGUCACAUUCGAUCACCUAUUGAAAUUUGUGGACACCAAAGGCACCGCACUACAAUCAUUGCAACCAAUACGCUCGCAACACUCAUUCGCUCAAAAUCAAAAUCCUAAAUUUCGCAGCGCGAAUACUCUCGUAUCGUCAACUCAAAAUAGUGAUGAGAAAGUUUGCCAAUACUGCUACAAAUUACCACAUUCGCUAUAUCAGUGUGGUAAAUUUUUCCAUGCGUCACCUAAAGAUCGACUUUCUUUCGUGCGCAAACAAAAUUUGUGUUUCAAUUGUUUGAAGGCACAUAGAGGCCAGGUGUGUACAUCCAGCAGCUGCAGGACGUGCGGAAAAUCGCAUCACACUCGUUUACAUGAGGCUUUCACAUCAUCAGCAUCUCCAGAUCAAACGAAUCGUACACCAUCGCAAUACCCGAACUUAUCGUCGGCGUCGCAAUCGCUUAUUUCAUCUCUCACGCUGGUCGAUAAUAUCAUCGAUACAAAUGUACUUCUGCUAACCGCUACAGUGAACGUGUAUGAUAGAUACGGUAGACCACAGGCUACAGACAUCAGUCAGUGGCCCAUUCCUGAUGCCAUACACUUGGCUGAUCCACAGUUUCAUCACCCGAACAAAAUCAGUUUGCUAUUGGGCAACAAGUUAUUUUUCGAAUUACUCGAACCAGGCACAAUUCGUCUCAGCGCCGAUGACUCUCUACCACUGCUACAGAAUACCAAGCUCGGCUCGGUAGUAUCCGGUGGAUUCAAGGAGGCUAAUCACAGCAGUGAAAGCGCAGUGUCAUCUUGUUUACUGGCUUCUUCUACCGAUGAUCUCAAUAACCAGCUUCGGAAAUUUUGGGAGCUGGAACAGUGUAACAAAAUAUCACCACACUUUACUGAUGAGGAGCUUCGCUGUGAGGAACACUUCACCAAGUACACAACUCGGGAAUCAACGGGACAAUUUGUUGUUCGACUUCCAUUUUCGGAAAAUCCAUCUGCUCUUGGAAACUCUCGAGAAAUUGCAGUGAAACGGUUAUUGCAUCUCGAACGAAAAUUAAAUCGGAACCCGCAUUUGAAGCGGCAGUAUCAUGAUUUUCUAAGUGAAUAUGCACAGCUACGGCAUAUGUCACUCGCGACGACGCCCGCACCGAAUGGUUCUGUGUAUCUUCCACACCAUUGCGAUAUUAAGGAAGCAAGUUCAACCACAAAGUGUCGGGUUGUAUUCGAUGCUUCAGCGAAAACAAGCACCGGACGCUCUCUGAAUGACAACCUCCUCACUGGCCCAGUAUUGCAGGACUCGCUUAUCAAUAUACUUUUGCGUUUUCGCUCUCCUGCUGUUGUGUUGACCGGCGAUAUUCAACAAAUGUACCGCAUGGUACUGCUUCACGAGAAUGAUCGUGAAUGUCAGCGCAUUUUAUGGCGUUGGAGUCCUGAUAGUCCCAUCGAAGAAUAUAGGUUAAACACCGUCACCUACGGCACCAAAAGCGCGUCUUACUUAGCGACAAAGUGUGUGCGGACGCUUUUAUUAGAUCAUCAGGACAAGUUCCCAGAGGCAACUCAAAAUGCCCUGAACGGGAUGUACAUCGACAACGUUCUUGUUGGCGCUGAUACCGAGGAAAAUGCCAAACUUUUACGCAAGCAACUCUGUGAAGUCUUUUCUGCUGAGAAUUUUCACCUUCGUAAAUGGGCCUCAAACAGUGUGGCUGCUUUGGAAGGCGUACCGAUAGCUGAUUUGGAGGCAAAGGUUCCGAUCGAGCUUGAUUCUACAAACAGCACAAAAACCCUUGGAAUUCACUGGCAGCCGUGCAGUGACGAGCUCCUGUUUUCGUACUUCCCAACAGAGAUCCUUCAGCCCACUAAGCGCAUCAUCCUGUCGCAAAUUGCGAGUCUCUUCGAUCCUCUCGGCCUUCUUGCACCAAUCGUUAUAAAGGCCAAACUGGUGAUGCAGCGACUGUGGGAGCUGAGGGUGGCCUGGGACUCCACUCCCCCGGUACCCCGGCGUGUCAUCAGACCUAAUAUCCCGUGGGGUCACGCCGAAUCAAUUAAAGAACAAUCCGCUAUAGUGGUGUGGGCCCGAAUGGACACCAAGUUGCAGUAA